GCCCGUGAUAUUUUCUCCUUUCUCUUCUACCCACCUCACAUUGAAGAAACAAUCUCUAUGCAACAAAAAAAUAACAAGUAAAUCAAAAGAUAGAGAAUCGUAGCAUUUUCUUAUGCAUGCAUCAAAUUCGCCAAUAGAAAAAAUAAAAUGUCAGGCGAUCUUGAAUUUAAUGUAAAAGAAAGGAAAAAGAAGAAGUUAGCACUUUUGGGGGUAUCUUCUUUAAUGAUGGUUGCAAUGGUUGUGGCUGUAACGGUUGGAAUAAAAGAGACAGGCCAUCAUAUUAUGGAGUCUGAUAACAAUGAUGUCGGCUUAGCGACGUCUUCCAAGGCCGUACAAUCUGUUUGUCAUGUCGUUGAGCAUCGUCAAGCUUGCGAGAGAACUCUUGCUCACCUCCACACCACUGAUCCAAAUAAAAUCGUUCUAACUACUUUCAAUGCUACUGUGGAAAAACUUGAGGAUGCCCUUGCAAAAUCUAGUUCUAUUAAAGCCGGAAAGGAUGAUAAAAGAACUGAAGGAGCAUUGUCAACUUGUAAACAAGUAAUGGAGUAUGCAAUUGGAGACCUUAAAAGGUCAACCGACCAAAUGAUCCAUUUUGAUUUACGUAAGAGGGAUGAGUAUGUCGAAAACAUGAGGAUUUGGCUUAGUGGAGCCUUGACAUUACAGGGUACUUGCAUCGAUGCCUUUGAAAAUACGACAGGAGAUGCUGGAGAGAAGAUGAAAUUGUUGUUAAACAUUCCACAGGAACUUACAAGUAACAGCAUAGACAUUGCAACGGAGCUUUAUAACAUCCUUAAAUCAUUGAAUAACACAGGUCAAGCUCAUAAAAGAUCGUUGCUUGAGGACAAAGGGAUGGUAAUUAACGAAGAGGAGCAUCCACUUUGGAUGGACACGAGGCAAAGAAAUCUCAUUCAUGAAGGAGGAGCUAGCUUGAUAGCGGAUGUAGUGGUGGCUAAAGACGGGAGUGGGAAGUACAAAACCAUAACAUCUGCCUUAAAGGAAGCACCGACGACAAAUGUGGAUAAGGUAUCAAUGAGUAGUAACAAUAAAAUGUUUGUGAUUUACAUCAAGGAAGGAAUCUAUGAAGAAGAAGUUCGAGUGGAGGCAACAAUGACAAAUGUUAUGUUCAUUGGUGAUGGACCUACUAAGACCAUAAUAACUGGGAAUAAGAGCUUUGUUGAUGGUUUUGUCCUCUAUAAAACUGCAACAACUUCAAUAUUUGGGAGGAAUUUCAUUGCGAAGGAUAUAGGAUUCGAAAAUUUAGCAGGAGUUGAAAAGAACCAAGCUAUAGCCCUCUUAGUCCAAUCCGACAUGACAAUAUUCUACAAUUGUCGUAUAAACGGAUACCAAGGCACAUUGUAUGCACAUAGCUAUCGACAAUUUUAUAGACAUUGCACCAUCUUAGGCACCGUCGAUUUCAUCUUUGGUAACGCUGCUGCCGUUUUCCAAAACUGUAAGCUUGUUAUUCGAAAACCUUUGGAAGAUCAAGAAUGUGUCAUUACUGCUCAGGGCCGACAAAAUGAUAGAGCGCCAACAGGGUUUGUGUUACAAAACUGUACCAUUAUGGCUGAUCCAUUGUACUAUCCACUACGUAACAACAACAAAGCCUUUCUAGGCCACCCUAUGAAGAAGUUUUCUCGAACGAUUAUCAUGCAAUCUUUCUUAGCUGACUCAAUAGCUACAGAAGGAUGGAAGCCAUGGAUGGGAACAUUUGCGCAAGAUACUUGUUAUUUCGGCGAGUUUGACAACAGAGGCCCCGGUGCGAAAACGACUGGUCGGGUUAAGUGGCACGGGAUCAAGAAUAUUAGUAAACAAGACGUUAAUGCUUUUACCCCUGAAAAUUUUUACGCAGGUAACCGGUGGAUUAUUCCAACAGGAGUACCAUAUGUGCCAGGAAUGAUGCCUAUGUAGACUUAGGUAUUAGAAAAUAAAGAGGGUAGCAAAAGGGCGGGGGCGGCAUUUGAAACCUUAUUUUUGCAUUUUUAGAAGGGAAAAUAAGGCGAUAAUUUUAAAUAUAUUGUUUGAAAAAAAAAUAGUGUCAAGGUCCCCUUUCUUCUUGUGUUCCUCCCGUGUAAAAGGUGAUGCACAUAGAGUUUUGUAAAAUAUUAUGUGUACUUGGAGUUAUGGAACAUAUGUAAAUGGUUCUUUCGGAUUAACGUCAAUUCUCUUGUCACUAACUAACUGUUUUGGACCUAUAUGUAGUGCACGGGUUAAUUAUUUCUAGUUUGAAUAUCA